UUUGAUGAUGGGCACUUAGGUUGUUUCCAUCUCCGGGCUAUUGUAAAUAGAGCUGCAAUGAACAUUUUGGUACAUGACUCUUAAAAUAUAUUUAGAGCCUGGAGUUUUUUGAGAGAUGGUCAUAUUGAAAAUGUCCUGAGAUGAUUACUGAUUUGGUCCUAGGCAUUGAUUUGUUGCCUGCCACAAAGAAAGCCCAGGAAAACUGUCAGUGACUGAGUUGACGGUAAUCAUAGCAAAAUUUCCUUGGACCAAAUUUAUAAUAGUGUAUACCCCAUGCAAAGAGCACCAUGUGUUUCCUCUUAAUCUUUAUGAAAAGUUGGAUAUUGUGGAUGUCCCUUUUCUCUCAGGUGAGGAAACUGAGACUCAGAGAACUUGCAACUAAUGGUACAGGCUUAAUCGAUCUGUAGGUGGCAGCAGCGUGCUCUGAGGUCGGGCCCCACCUUAACCCCUGCCCUAUGUGACCUGGUGUGUCCCCCUAGGCUGUGGUGUCACUGGUGCAAACUCUAGGAGCAGUAACUGUAGUGGGAGUAAUCAUUUUUUGGAGUCCCUACAACAUGAUGGAUGUAUACUAAGUGUCUGUCCAAGAGAUCUCCUUUAACUCUCAGAAUUACUCUUAAGGAGUGAGUGGCAAUGCUUUUCCCAUUUGACAAAAGGGGAACUCAAGACUCAGAGGCUUACCACCUUACACAGAGCAUGGACUAUCUCUCAGGUCAUGCACAUUUCUCCUGCAUGGUGCCUGCAGUUAGGGACAGCAAUUUCAUUAUUUUUAGCCUGUUCUCACGUUUCCAAGGUGGAGGAACAAGCCAGUCAACGAAAGCUCCCAGAAGCAAACAUAGAUGGAGAGCAGACGAAGCAGGGGUGGAGGUUCUCGACUGAACCCUUUGCUUAGCUCUCAGCUUGGACACCUGUUGGAGUUCCUGCUCUGGCCAUCCUGCCCUGAUCCUGCACAUCUCUGCAUGUUUAUUCCAAAACAGAGUGGACUCUUCUAAGAACUCACCUCAAAGCUUUGUCUGCUAAUGAUCGAGGGAAAUGGGAGAAGCCCAUUUCCCACAGUGGUUCUGGUUCACACCCUAGGAUAACUCUCCAGGAUCCAAGUGAGUCCCAGAUUGCCCCACAGAGUGGUCAUAAGGACAGCCAGCCUUGUCUUCUUCUAAGGGGAUAAUGGAGCCAGGGUGACUGAGGUGUGCCCACUGUCCUUAGUUUAAGAGCAAAAGUUGGGAUGUGUGUUGAGACCUUGUCUCUCUUGGGUCCCUGGACUUCUUGGCUAGUCAGGAGGGUUUGCUUUAGCGGGGUGUCUGCUUAUAAUACCUUGUGACUGACCCCAGCCCUUGGACCCUGAUAGCCCCGCAGUGAUGACAGAGAGGUGACCCUGGAACAGGGAGGAGGAGAGCUGGGUAGAUGUUCUCAACUCUGUGGGCAGAGGCUGGUCCCACAUAAGCUGUGUUGGCCUUGGUAUCUGAAGACCUGGAAGAGAGGCCUCUCUGUGGCUCAGUCUCCUCAUCUGUCAAAGGGAUAAUGAUACUCAUCUUGCCCAGGGCCUUGGGAGGGGCAGACCCAGGCCUGCUGUUAGGGGUCAUGCACAGUCCAGCUCAGGGAUUGCCACUGCAUCACACAAGAUCAAAUGCCCCCAUGGCAUUACUGUUAGAUGACACUGGAAAAAACACAAUGGAACAGGGUAAGGAUUCCAGGAUGAAAUAAUCAGCAGGUGUUUCUUCAGUCUGUUGUUCUCUUUCUACAGAUGGGAAGCUCAGGACCAGCAAGCCAGGUUAGUAAGUAACUUACAGGACAUGAGGAGCAAAGUCUGUAUUCAGACCCAAACAUUCCGAAAAGAAUUAACAUUGAUCAGAUUGAUUUUCCAGUCUGUCCUUGGCUAGACACUGGAGCACAACACCCCCCCACCCCACCCCCCUCCACACACACCCAGGGCUGUUAUCUCAAAGGCAGCGUAUGUGGGCUCUUCAACUCCUCUAUCCUCAGACCCUCCCCCACCCACAUCCCAUUGGCUGCUCCUGCUCUCACUUCCCCCACUGGGCCCUGCCAGCUGGCUAUGGUGAAGAUUGAAUAGGAUUCUGUUAGGGAGAGAGCUACCUUUGUUUUGGAAAUUGCUGUUGUAGUCAGACUGAUGACAGAAGAGGAAGAAAGGAGAAAACAAGAGAUGGCCAGAGGCUCUGCUUAUAGAAAUGACCCCAAUUUUGCCUUCUCCAUGAGACCAAUGCAGACCUCUCUAUUUAAAAUUGAAUCAUGUGCCCCCUUUUCCCCCAGUAUGGUUGAUCCCUCACCUUUGCUCUUCUCUGUCUCUUUGCCAGGGCAGUCACCACAUUCUAAUCUACCCUGUAAUUUGCUUAUUUAUCGCUUUGUUUAUGUCAUGUCUCCCCCUCUAGACUACACUCCAGGAAGGCAAAGUCUCUGUCUCUUUGCUCAAAUACCUCCCAAAUGCCUGGAGUGGGCCUGAUGCAUGGUGGGUCCUCCAAAAAUAUUGAAUAAAUGCAUGAGUUUGGGGAAAGAGGGAGAGCUGAGCUACAGACCAGCACAGAGUGAACAGCAAUGAACAAGGAGUAUUUUCAAGAGCAGGGAUCUCUAAGGUUCAACUGUAGGCCGGAGAUGUUGGUGUGAUGCGUACCCCCAACCCCUGAAUCCUCAGUCCCCCACCCAACCCGUGUGUGUGUGUGUGUGUGAGAGAGAGUGUGUAUGAGUGUGUGCAUGUGCCUGUGUGUGUGUGAGUGAGUGUGAAUAUCUGAAGUGGCAGGAAGAGCAGGAGAGAAGGGAACUCAAAUCCACAUUCAAAGCCAGGAGCACACACAGCACAAUGUGAGGGCGGGGCUGGGAGAAUCCUGGGCUGACCUGAGCUCUCACCAACAGUGGCUGCCCAGACAGCACUACCAGACAAACUGCCUGGGGUGUUGGAAGCUGCAGCAGCUGUAGCUGUAGGCCCCUCACUGAGGUGCACAGGGCAUCCUGCAGGCAGGGACUUUGUGGUCCCUCUACCCUGUAAGUUUACCCAGUGAGUUUAUCCUCGUCUUGUCUGUAGGACCCUGAGACUUAGUGAAGUUCAAACACUUUCCCAAGGGUACCUGAGACCCUUUCCCGAGCCACACAAACCCCAUGUAACCUGAUUCUGAGUUCUGACCCUGUCCCAGCUGUGUAACCUUGGGCAAAUCUGUUAUGUUUCUCUUACGUGCCUUGGUUUCCUCAGCUGUAAACGGGCUAACCAAGGUGAGAGCUUUACCAGGUUGGGAUGAGGGGAUGCUUGUGACGCAUUAACCGGUCACAGAAUCCAUCUGGGGGGUGACAGCCAGCAGGAGACAGUGCCAGGGACGCACCUUGCUCUCUCGCACAUUUUGCCAAAGGCAGGUCUUGACCAAAGUUUCUCCCAAUUCCUGGAGGCUUCAGAGAGUUGACCAACAUCAUCGCUGCCUAGGAUUAAGCCACCUAUGUCCCUAGGGCUGGGCAGGGCCCAGUCUGGCCCAGAAGCCCCUCCCUGUAGGCAGCCGUGCUUUCUGACUGUGCAGCCACCUGCUAUAUAAGGGCCCUCACACACCUUCUCCAACCUUCUGCCAGGAUCCACCUUCGUCGGGGCAAUCUCUGGGCCAGACAGAGAAGGUAAGGGACUGGGUCUGGGCUGUGAGACAGGACCCAGCCUGGGAGAAGCUGAAAGCAGGGGAAGGGCAUUCAGCGCUGGCUGGGGUCCAGGGCAUUCUCCUGGCAUUCUCUUGCUCCUCCAGCAGUGCCCGGGAAGGGGAAGGCUGGAGUGGAGAGGUGCUGGGGUUUGCUCUGUGUGUGUGUGUGUGUGUGUGUGGUGCUGCGUCCUUCUCACAGCUUCUGUGAGCUCUUGCUCCUCUGUGUAAGAUGAGAACAAUUGAGGUAAGACCCUCUCAGACAGCUGAAGAUGUCCAACAAUAGGAUGAAUAGGAAGGACUUUGCAAAGCGGUGUACAGAUGUACUUGGUCUCAUUUUCCCUGUGGGGCCCCUGCCCUGACCCCCAGCUCACUGGCUCCUCUCUUCUGCAGAGGUGGUGCACAGGGCCCUGAGUCCCACCGCCUCCAAGAUCUGCCUCUUCUGCUACAUGUCCCUAGGUAGGGUCCUGACCUCUCUGGGCUUCCAUUAUUUCCCUCUGAAAAUGAGGCGAAUCAUCAGGUCUAUACCGCAGGGCCGAGGUGAUUUGUGCACUUAACUGAUGUGGCUGCUGUGGACUCGUUCCCCUCCUUUCUUGCCCUCCCAUCUCCUCUUCCUUUACACCUACAAGGCUUGAGAGGCCCUUCCCAGGAGGCCCAACCCCUGAACCUCUCUCUCUAUUGGGGUUCUGGGCCUGGAGUGGUGACUGGGCAUUGGGGGAUGCAGGGUACAAUGCACAGAACAUCUGCCACAAGCUUCAAACCAAACAUACUUAAUUUUUCUCCUAGGAUCUCUAACUAUUGGGGCCAUUAGAUAAUUGAUGGGCUGUCUGUCUCCCUCCAUUGGGGCUAAUUUCUCUUUCUUUUCACCGACUCCUAAUCAGUUAACUAGGGGAUCAUAGUGUUUGUGUGUUUGUGUGUGUGUGUGUGUGUGUGUGUGUGUGUGGUGUGUAUGUGGGGGAGCAUGUGUGUGUGGUGUGGUGAGGUGAGAUGCAGGCAGUGGCCUGCAACGCCCUAAUGAAAGUCAGUUGCUCCUUAGUAAGUGGCAGCUAUUAUGGUACAACUCGGCUUUGGACCUGGAAGGACCCUGAAUGGAGUCCCACUUUUCGUCUUACAAGCUGGGUGAGCUUGGGCAGCUUCCAUUAUCCCUCCGUCUGCAGUUUUCUCAGCUGUGGAGUGGGCAAAAAUCUUUACAGCAGCACUGUGGCCUGGGACUUGGUCCAUACUUGCACUGACCAAUACAGCAGCCACCAGCCACAUGUGGCCACUGAGCACUGGAACAUGGCUGGUGACUGAGAAACAGUAUCUUUCCUUUUUAUUCCUUCAGUGAAUCCAAAGGCUCCGCGGCCACAGUCCUCAUCCUCAACGACAUACGUCCAGCACCAUGAAGGGCUUCCUCUUCGCUGGUAUCAUCGUCAUGCUCACGGUUGCAGCUGUAGAAUCCUUGAGUUGUGUGCAGUGUAAUUCGUUGACAGACCCCUGUGUUUACGGAAAUGCCGUUGAGUGUCCCGCAAAUGCCAGUAUCAGCUGUACCACUUUCUUGACGAACUUUUCUCUAGGAGGAAACAUCACAUGGUAUGAGGAUAAGGCCUGCUCUGCGGAUAAUUGCAGCGUGGCUGAGACCUUCACAGUCCAUGUAUCUGCUCAUGAAACCUUCCAUUUUGCAAGCCAGUGUUGCCAAGGAAAGGCGUGCAAUGACACCAACGACACCAUAGAUCCCCCACAGGAAGAGGUGUCCAGCAACACAGGGUGCUCUGCAUGUUAUGGAUCUAGUGAAACUUCCUGUAAUGAGACAACCCGGAAAUGUUAUAAAGAAGAAAGAUGUGUCAGUCUAAUUGCAGAAUUUAAGAAUGAGACAAAGCUCGUGCUGAAAGGCUGCUCCAAUGUCAGCAACUCCACCUGUGAGUUCCUGGCUCCUGGAAAUCGGACGGUUGGAGGAGUCACUUUCCUGAAGUUUAAGUGUGAAAACAGCUCCGAUGCCUCCUCAACACCCACUCCCACUCCCCCGAGCUCCACCAGUGACACUGGCUCUAAAGGCUUCUUCACACCCUUGACCCUUGGCAGCCUUCUCCUGCUGAGGUUGCUGCUCUGAGAUCUGCACCCUCAAACCCCCCUGUCCCCUGUUUAACUGCUCAGUGAGUAGCAGUAGCAGUCACAGCCUUCCAGGUAAUGCCCUGUGAUAGCCACAUUAUUCCUUAUUAUUAAAGCAUUGAUUCAUUCAAUGACCAAAUCUGUCCUGAUAUGUUCUGGGCUGGGCUUCCUUCAAGCCACUGUCCAGCACCACUUCCCAGUUACUUGCCUUUGAAAUCUUUGCACCUUUGUGUGUGGGCUCUCAGGACCUCCCUGAUCCCUGUCUAAUUUGCUUCUGAGAAGCAGACCCUUCCACCUUGCUGGCAUCUUUUGCUUACAGCCCUGCACUUCUGGGGAUCAACAUGCCACUGUCCCCAUCCUCACACUCGGGGGGUGGGGGGCAGCCAUAAUGCCCUGUGUUGACCCCAGCACUGAUAUUUGGCUCUUCAGCAAUUGAACUGGCUGUAGUCUCGGGCCCACAGUGACAUUGUCUAGGACACUGUCACCACCAGACCCAAAGUGGGUGCACAGGGGUUGCUGAAAGUUGUCAGAUUCCCCUGCCUAACCUCCCAGGCAGGGGCAUAAUGCUGUCAGUGCCCUGCUGACUAGGUGUCUCUAAGCCUUGUGCAGAAUGGAACAUGGCUACAGAGGCCCAGCCCCUCCUCUCAGAGAACUACAAUCAAAGGCAGAGUCCUCAACUCCACAGCAGAUACCCUGGGAGCAAGAAAACCAUUCAAUCCAAUAUGCACAGAAGCCCAGUUUUAGUAAAUAAGGGGGGCCUUGAGCUGGACUUGGAAGAAUGGGGUUUUCUGUAAUAAAAACUUUUAAAGGUGUAA